AUGGUCUUGGAUCCCUCACCUGGCAGAGGCUGCUUUGCCCUGGCCAUUCUGCUGGCAAUUGUGGAGAACAAGCUUGGUCGAUGAAUGCACAUCCUCAGUUCAACUUCCCAGGAGCGGAAGCAACUGUGUAUUAAAAAAGAAGAGGCUGAGGUGGGUAUGGUGUUUUUGUGCAAGGACAAGUCUUGAGACUGUUCCCCUGAGACUAGCUUGGAGCAACUGAGACUUAAAUAGGAUCCUGGGAAAGAUGGUAUCAGUGAAAUAUCAUCUCAGUUGGUGUUCACCAUAAACCAAGCCAUGGCAUUGGACAGUGAGACCUACCAGUGGUGUGCCAGAAGCCAGAAGCUGGAUAUCCGCCUUCAGGGCCAUUAUUUCUCUGUUUGAGUCACAGACACUGUCAGUCACACAGUGACUCAAAAAAAGAAAAAAGGACACCCCAAGUUUGGCCACAGUAAAGGUGCUCUCAGUUCAGGCUUCCUGCAAGGAAAGGUCUGGAUGAUGCUGGUCACCAGCCUAGUGGCCCUUCAAGGUAUGUUCAGAAGAGCUUUUAGCACCCCAAGAAAUGAGGGUGCUAUACCUGUAACAUCUUGAUUACUCUCCAGAAGG